CCUAAUUUCAAAAUAGAAUGUGUGCUGUCCUCUAUGUAGUAGUAGUUUAAGCACAAAUCUAUACCAAAUAAAUACGUUUUGUUGACAAUUCAUUUUACCUGGAUAUUUUGUGUUUGGAGGCCAAAGAAGUUUAGAAUAUUUGACAGUUGACACUUGACAUUAUUAUUGACAUUGAAAAGUGAGGGAUUUUGUUUUGUGAAUUUGUUGGUGUUUUCGAAUUUUGAGAAAAGUUUACAUUUGUUUUUCAUGUGAAUUAUCUAAGUAUGGAAGACUUAACGGAUGAUUUUGGAGAAGAUUGGGAUGAUGAUAUUCUAAAUGAAAUAUCUCUUGUUGAAACAGUGAAUGUGAUUGAAGAUGACGAUCCAGACGAUGUCCCUGAAUCUAAACAUUUAUCUGCUUUACAUCGUUUAUUCGGUCAUAAGAAUUUUAGACCCUUGCAAUGGAGGAUAAUAGGUUCUAUUUUAAACCACAGGCGAGACAAUUGUGCUGUAAUGUCUACUGGUUACGGAAAAUCGCUUUGUUUUCAAUUUCCUUCUGUUUUCACGGGCGGUGUUACUUUAGUAAUUUCUCCAUUGAUUUCUUUAAUGGAAGAUCAAAUUUUAUCUUUAAAGGUUGCUAAUAUUCCUGCUUGUCUGUUAGGGACAGCUAAUGUACAAAAAGAAAAAACAUAUAAAGAGAUAAGUGAAAAUAAAUACAGACUGGUAUAUCUAACUCCUGAAUUUUGUGCUGGUGAAAGAGGAACAGAAUUACUUCAUGAAUGGAGUAACACAUUACCGCUAACACUAAUCGCUAUAGAUGAGGCUCAUUGCGUUAGUAGUUGGGGUCAUGAUUUUAGGGCUUCGUACAGAAAAUUGGGAGAAUUAAGAAAUCUAAUUCCAGAUGUACCAAUAUUAGCAGUUACAGCGACAGCCACUGAAAAAGUUAGAAUAGAUAUUAUAAAAACUUUACAAUUAAGAAACCCCCAAUUUUCUUCUACCAGUUUUGACAGACCCAAUUUUUAUUUUGCUGUUAACCACAAAAGUGAUAUGCCUGAAAGUGAUUUUAGAAAGAUUAUGGAACACCGUGGUUCUAAAUGGAAAUUUUCUGGACCUACCAUAGUUUAUUGUAUUACUAGAAAAAAAACGGAAGAGUUAAGUGCCAUGUUAGAAGAAAUGGGAUUAAAUUGUGCUCCAUACCAUGCCGGCUUACAUAUUAAAAUUCGCAAAGAAACCCAUGAAAAAUUCGUAAGAGACGAACUUGACGUAAUAGUAGCGACCAUAGCCUUCGGUAUGGGCAUAGACAAACCUGACAUAAGAAAUGUCAUACAUUAUGGAAUCUCAGACAGCAUAGAAUCUUACUAUCAAGAAGUCGGCAGAGCCGGACGAGAUGGUCAACCUGCGAAUUGUAUUUCUUUCUAUAGUAAUGACGAUUUUAGAAUGCACGCAUUUUUGAGAAUGAAAGGUUGUAAAAAUCAGGCUAAUAGGGAAAGAAAGGAAAGGAUGAUACAAUUUGUUCAUGAAUAUGUUGAAACGGAUCAAUGUAGGAGACAAUUUGUGUUAAAAUAUUUUGAAGAGAAAUUAGACACCUCCAAUCGAGAUACAUGCUGUGAUAAUUGCUUAAAAAUUAAGCUUCAUACAACAAAUUCCGAUAUCUACACUGAUCUAGAUGAAAACGGAAAGUAUAAUUUUUCCACAGAUGCAAGACUUCUUUUAAGCGUCAUAGAUUGUAUGAAUUGCAGUUACGGUAUGAUGACAUAUAUACAUGUCUUAAGAGGUUCAAAACAACAGAAAUUGGAAAAAUUCUUUAGAUUCCCUUUAUAUGGUGCUGGCAAAGGAAAAAGCGAAAUAUGGUGGAAAGAAUUAGGUAACUUGAUGGUAAGACAUAACUUACUGACUAGGUCAACUGCCAGUUUCAACGAAUUUGCUACAUUGAUAGAAAUGACAGAUGCUGGAAGAGCAUUUUUGUUGGAUCCGAAAAAAGAACUUUUAACACAUCCUACUCAAGAAAUGUUACCAUGUCUCAGAUCAAAGAAAAAUAUUUGGCAAAAUAAAGACAGUAAUACACCAUCUGCAAUGCCUAGUACAAGUACACAGUUGUUUAUAGGAGACGAUGAAACCGAAAGUCCUGAUCAGUUAGAUAAUAGGAUGACUUUAUACAGGCUACUUAUAAAUAAAAGAAAACUUAUAGCAGAUGAUGAGCAUUGUUUGCCAUACAUGAUUGCUUCUAAUAAAGCCAUCAUGGAAAUGGCAAAGUAUAGACCUCAAACUUUGAAUCAAAUGGAAACGAUGAAUCUUGAUGGAUUGACAUCGGUAAAGAUCAACAAAUUCGGCAAGCACUUCCUGAACAUAUUAACACAAAAUCAAGAAAAGUUAUCAAUAGAACAACUCUUGAAAAAAUAUCCAUUGCCAGAGACGUUUAAAAUAAGUCCAAGCGCUAGGGUUUCGUAUGUGCUCUACCAGUCAGGGAAAACGUUAAAACAAAUUGCACAGGAAAGGGGAUUUAGCAUAUCGACAAUAGAUUCGCAUAUAAACAGCUGUUUGAGAAGGGGUAUGGAAGUAAAGUUAUCAGCUUUCGGUAUUACCAAAAGUGUUGCUAAAACAAUAAUGGAUGGUAUUUUUAAAGCAGACUGUGGUCUAACUCUACUAAAUCCCGUAAAACUGGCUUGUCCUGACGAAAUAACUUUUGGACAAAUUAAGACUUUGAUGUCUUAUUUACAAAUACGGGAGCACUUAACCUCAAAUAAUCUUGCAUAUGCAGAAUUUGAUGACCCAGAAUACUAUGAGAUGUAUAAAAAUGAACUACAACUAAAAAUGGCUGAGAAGAAAUUAGAGAAUUCUCCUGUUACUGAUGACUUGUUGAGCCAGGCUUGUAAUGAAUUUGAAGAAAUUUUAGAUACAGAUGGUAUUGAAAUUGUUUAUGUGGAUGAUGACGAAAUAGAUACAGAAGAAUCCAAAACAAAAGUAGACGAUGAGGAACCAGUUACAAAGAAAUUAAAAACAAAUUUUUAUAAUCUAUUAGAUUCUCCACCUCGCGUAGAUGAAGAAAAUGUUAACCCAAUGAAAACAAAAUCUAGUUUACAAGAGAAAAGUGACGAUGAAGUUGAAAUCGUUGAGGAAAAGAAGACAAUUAAAGUAACGGGAAAUAAAGGUGCAGUAAUGAAGAAGAAAAAUGAUGCUAAUUUACCGCCGUGGUUAACGAAAAAACGUGUAGGAUAGUACCGAAAGUUCCAUUACAACAAAGAAAAACUUUAUUGUUAUUAAUAUUUUUUGUAUGUAUUUAAUAAAUUCUUUUUUUUUUAGUAAUAAAAAUUUAUUUU